AGAGCUGCGACGGAGCGGUUGGCCCGCGAUGCCAUUAAGAUUCAAACCGCUCGCAGAAAUGCUAUCACGAAGGCACAACUUCCGAAUAACUCAAACCAAGUCGAUCAGUUAAAAGUUUUGUAAGAUGAGAUAAUUUUCCAUUUAAAGAGUUUUAUGUUUAGUUUCGUUUUGAGGUUCGUCCAUGAAGGUCGCGUCCUUCAAUCGAUAAACUAUUAAUUGCCGCGUGUGAUUGCCCGUGGCCGGUAGACAACGGAACUACACGCGUGUUUUGGAUGUAUAUUUUAUUUGUAAAGUGCCAAUUAAAAACAUUAGUUAAGUAUUUUUUUAUAACGGACCCUGUGUCGAAAAGUUUGUCGGUGGAAAGACUUUGAAAUUAAUUCGCAUCUUCAUGGAAUAUGGGCAUCUGUUUAGACACUGAACAAAAAAAUGAAGAGUUGGAGACGACAGGCGGGGAGCACAGCCGGGGCGAGAGUGCGUGGGCCGGCCGCGCGACGCCGUCAGUCGCCGCCUUCCCGAUGCAGAACUCCAGCCACGUCAAGUUCGAGCCGCCUAAUGUGCCUGUUAUAUUUGUGUUGGGCGGCCCAGGCAGCGGCAAGGUGACCCAUUGCGACAACCUGAUGCAGGAGCGUCGAGGAGUGGUGCACAUCAACAUGACGGACCUUCUGCAGCAGUACGCCAUCGGCAACGACAUGCAAGAUUUCGGCACGCUCUCCAGCAAGACGGUGACAGAAGUGCUGAUGCUGGAGAUGAAAAUGGCGCCCACAGCGAAGACCUACCUCGUGUCGGGGUACCCGCGCUCCAUGCGGGAUGUUGCCGAGUACUCUGAUAAGAUCCAGACAAUAAACGGCGUAGUCCUCGUAAGCUGGCGACAGCGAGUACUGGAGCGUCAGAUAGAAUAUGGCGCCCGACUGGGCCACGUGGUGCUAAGCCUUGCUAGAAUGGAACUCAACAACUUCUAUAAGAAUGUCAUGCCCGUCGCCGAUUACUUUGAUCAGACUAAUAUGUUGAUUGCGGUAAACGGCGAGCGCAACCCCGACGAAGUAUACAAAGACUUCCGAGCCGCCGUACUCCAAAUCCUGGGCACCACAGAAGACCAGUCCACGAUGAACGGCGUCAGCGGCGUCGGAGUCGGCGCUGGUGGUAUACCUGGAGAGAUUGUCGGAGUAGAACCGGCGCCUGCACAAGAUAGGAAUAGGAGGGAAGAGAACGUGGUACCUGCUGUGAUGCCUGUAGCUUUGCCGGUGAUGCCUGUGAUGCCUGCUGCGCCGGCGCCUGUGAAGGAGGUUUCUGAAAGACUGGUUUCGCCAAAGCCUGAAGUGAUAAGAGUCCGCGGAGAGACGACCACGCCGCCGCUGCUGUGGGUGGUGGGCGGCCCCGGCAGUAACAAGGCUACGCUCUGCCAGCGAGCAGUCGCGCAGCGGCAGGGAUGGACGCAUUAUAGCUUAGGCCAGCGUCUCCGCAGCCUAGCAGACGCGGGCGGUAGACCAGCAUCAGACGGGGCCCUCGCUCGCUCCGCCAUCAGCGGCGGUGAGCUGGCUCCCAAGGAGUUAGUCAGCAAGUUAGUGAGGAAUGCUGUGGGGGACGCCGGGAGAAUGGGCCAUGGGUUGGUGCUGGAUGGCUAUCCUAGGGAUAUGGAGCAGAUGGAGCAGUUUCAGACUGAGUUCCGCAUAUCCCCCCGCAUGGUGCUCCUGGACUGCUCUAAGCUGCAACUAGGGCGCGGCAGACGUGAUGACUCGGUGGCCGCCUUCCGGAGGAGGCUCGAGGUCUUCCGAGAGCUCAGCCUGCCGAUGCUGAAGAGCUUGGACCAGGAUCAUAGGCUGGUUAUUGUGGACGGUGACACGGAUUCUCCAGAAGUGCAGGCGGAGUUCUCCCGCGUGCUGCUGGAAGAGAUGGAGAAAGCUGAAGCACUAGCCGCCAUGCCCCCACAAGAACCGCCCAAGAAAGAAGUAUCAAGCAUGCAGCAGUUGGCGACAGCAGUGUCUCGUAUGGGCGGCGCGCUGGCCAACGGGCACGCCAACGGCGCCCUGCCUAAUGGGAACGCACACAAUGGAGUGGGGAAUGGGUUCAUUGGGAUCACUGGGAAUAAGGUAAAACCCCUUCUGAACAACGUGUCAAAGAUCCCGACAGUGUCGCAGAUGACACACGACGACGUUCGCGCCCUCUAUGAGCAGGGCACCGGAGAGAUCACAUUGAACACACACAUUUAAACUAUUUGCCUAGCCAGGUGAUUGGUCAGCUGAAGUGAGCUGGCUAAAUGGAUGAUGUGCAAAGUUGCUGUUAUUAUAGUUAAAAAUACAGAUAUAAUUUAUGUCGUAAAUGUUAUGUUUCAGAGGUUCUUCAAAAAUAAGCCACAUUUUAAGCAAUUUAAAUUUUCAGAAAGUGAGGCAAAUCUAUUGAUUUUUAGACGCUAUAUUUCAAUCCAUAUAUGAUUUCGAGAUAGAUAAAAGAACAACUUCUCUUGUCAACGGUUAGUUGUCAAUAUGUGGCUUAUUGUCGUGUCAAUUUUGGCGCCCGAACAGGGACACUAAUACCCAUUCAAGGCAGUAUAUUGAAUUCGAUGAAACUAAAUUGUUUUUUAAUGUUCAUUUAUUUGGUUUACUUUGGUUAUGUCAAUGACUACAUUAGCUAUUUGUUGACAUUGUCAUACAACAAGUAUAUGCUUUUCACAACAAGUCGUAUGUCCUUAAAAAUACUACAAACUAAGAAAUAAAAGGUGAAAACUAAGUUACAAUCUACCAGUUACUUAAACUAUUGCAUUAAAUAACUAACAAACUAGAUAAAGCAACGACACACAAACAAACAGUGCUAACUAUUGAUAUAAAAUAUCAAUAAGACGGACUCCUCGAGAGCAGUGAAAGUGCCGAAUAAGAUAAAUUUAGAUUUAACAUUAGAAUAUCAUACAAAAAACUGGGAUAUAAAUUAUUAUUAUAUUACAUUUUAGAAGUAAGUAAGAAUUUAAUCUGUAAGAAAAAUAAUUUAAAGUUGAAAUUAAAAGACUUGACUAAGUUUGAUUUAGUCGGCGUUAAUCACUAAUUUACAUCUUUACUGAAAUAUUAAAAAAUGACAUUAAUAAAACGUUGAACUUUGAGGCCCGAGUUCACUUGUUACUGAUAAAGUAAUUCAUCUGAUAGUUAAUGCUAUUUGCCACUAUGUGCCAGAUAAACGCUGCUUAUAAUUUCUGCCAAACACUGCUAUCCGAGACCUGUGAAACCAAAAGUAAUAGUCUAUAAGUCAGCUAGACUAGCUAGGCUAGGCUAGACUUCCUAAUAGACUAUCAGAGACUUGAUCAAUAACAGAUGAAACGGACCAUAACAGUCAGUUAUGUAUUUUUAAUUCAGUAACAAACAAUAUACUUAUUCGAAGAAUAACGGACCACAAAAUCCAAAAUGGCCGGUCACUGGUCAGCCAUGAAGUCGACAAAUCAAAUUCAGUUAUAGUCAGCACAAAAGUAUAAGAUAUAAAACACGUUUAUUUAUUAUAAUAUAUUUUAUAUCCAAAAUAUUUUGUAAAAAUGACGCACACACAUAUUGUAAGAAGUGCCUUAGUUUAAGAUCCGUAGCUAUUUUUAGAGCUAUUUAAAAAAAACAUACUGUAGUUACUAUAAUAUUUAGUUUCUAAGAAAAAUCUUUUUAAAACAACAAAUUGUUUAAAUGAAAAAAAUAUUACACGUUAUAUCAACUUUGGUGUAAUUACCUACGUUUAGUUUAUUUUAAUUAAAAUUUAAGUACUAAUUAGUUUUUUUUAUCGAAUCUUUGAAAGCAAACUUGUUCUCAAUAUUUAAUCAAAUUGAGACUUCUAUGGUCCAAUCGUAACAACGAGUCAUCGAAGUUCAACAGCGUUUACAGUCUAGCGGAUUUUCUGAGCGGUUUUUUAUCGCGCGAAAUGUGUCGCACGUUAAAAAAAUUAGCUUAAAAUCCGCUCGUGUGAAAACGCUGUAAAUGUCAAAUGUACGAACGCACCCCGCUUUUGACAUGGUUGAGAAGUAUUCCAAAAGGACAAGAAGAUGAUGAGAAGAUCAAUUCAAGAUUGAAAAUCUAAAAAACUAUUGACAUUCUUCUCGAAAACCUGGAUAUUCAAAUGGUUAAAUACCCAAAAAAAGUUGAUAGCAAGUUUGCUUUUUUACAAAAUAUAGCGUGCAUCACACACACACGUACAAAAUAUAGAUUUAGUUAGUCUAUAACUUAGUUAGACUAAGUCACGUAGUUAGUAUCACUAAAGGGGCCAACUUAGAUUUAGUAAAUAGAAAAAUAUUUAGAAUAUAUUUAUUGUAGAUAGAUAAUAUUUUCACUAGUAACUUUAUCGAGCACUUUUUAUAUGAAAUGUCAUAAUCGUGAAAAAAUUUGAAUAUUUAUACAUUUAUGUUAGAAUAUUCAUAUGAAAAGAAAAUGAUUAAUAAUAUUUUUGACGCUAAAGCGCACGACGAAGUGACAAAGAUGGCUUGAAAAAUGGCCGUUCGAAACUAAAUGUCAUGUUGACAUUUGGGUAAAAGUCAUAUUAUUAUCUGCAAGUUUAAAGGUACUUAAUUUGAAGAAAAUCUGCUACCAUUUUAAGUAUUUUUUCAUGGAUUUGUUAAGUUAAAAGGCUUAUACUUACGUGCUCCAGAUUAAUUAUUGUUCCAUAAAUUAUUGUUUUCUCCUUUCAAAGAUUUUGGAGGAUGUCCCCAAGUUCUUAUAUAAAAAUAUGGCGCACAAAAAAGAGUUGAACAGAAGGUUCUGUAUAAUUGGAGAUUUUAUUAUAAUUAUAUUAUUAUUUUAAAUUAAUAAUUUAUAACCUUCGUUAUGAAAUUGUUUUUAUGUUUGUUAAUAGAGAAGUUUAUAAGUUAGAUAUUUACAUUUAUUUAAAAAAAAUCAAUGUAAAAAAUCCAUAAUCACUUCAGUUCUGAUAUAAUUUUGUUAAAUUACAUUAAUUACUAAACUAAUGUGUUAGUAGACGUCUUAUUUACCAUCAUAAAAUAAAUAAGCACACUUUUGUAA